UCUUUGCACUGCAUUGUGGGAUUUUAACUGAACUCACAAUCAUGGCGUCUCGUGUCCUAGCCAAAUGUGUCCGCUCGGUAGCCAGGCAGUCAGUGAAGUUAAGCCAAGGUAGUUUUGCAGUGAAAGCUGCAACGGGAGCACGACCCAUACAGCAUCCAUUCUCCGUCCUUUCAUGCAGCAAAAAAACACGACAGAACGAUCUCAUAUGGGUGUCCAGCUCACAGCUUCAGUCCUGUAGACUGUAUGGAGAUUUGCCACCUCUUACUCUUGAAACAAUCAAGGAUCGGGUCCUUUAUGUGCUGAAGCUGUACGACAAGAUAAACCCAGAAAAACUUGAAACCACAUCUCAUUUUAUGAAAGAUUUGGGGUUGGACAGCUUGGACCAGGUGGAGAUUAUUAUGGCCUUGGAAGAUGAAUUUGGGUUUGAGAUCCCAGAUGCAGAAGCUGAGAAGCUGAUGUCUCCUCAGGAGAUUGUACAUUAUAUUGCUGAUAAGAAGGAUGUGUAUGAAUAAAGGAGCUUUUGCCUGUAAUGGGUAGAUGUCACCCACCCAACCCCUCAAUGUGACUUGGCCCUAAUGCAGAUGGAUCUGCAUUUAUGUUUAAUAAAAAAUAAAAAAUAAAUAAAUGGU